AUGUAAUAACACUAAUAAUAGAACCCUGAUUCUGUCCCUUUGGAUAUAUUGUUGGCUCAACUAAAAAACCCCUUGAUUGUCAGAGAAGACCAUUAAUAAUUGUUAAAGUAAAAACAUCAUCAAAUGCCUGAAAUAAUAAAUAAUAAUUAUGAACUGUUAGCGGAUAAAUACUUACUUUUAAGCAAUGCUCUACCAGGAUGUUCCCCUGAGUUAAUUGUGGAGGAAUUUGAGAAAGUUGUGUAAGUAGUAGAGAAAUGCUGCAAUUAAUUUAUCGAGAAAAUGAAGAAGGUAAUUAAAGAUCUAUAGGCAUUUGCGAAUUAUGAUACUCAAGUUUUGAAAGGGUAUUUAACAUAAGCGACUGAUGUUUUUUAAAGAUGCUUUUAUUUAGCCGAAAAAGACUUCACCAGUUUUGAUGUUGACUUUUUGAUGGAAAAUUUCACUAAUCCAGAAAAUAGCAUUCAAAAUCACUUACUAACAUUGAUAUUUGAAAGAAAUCAAAAUCUACAGAACGUGAUGUCGAAAGUCUAUACAGAAUAACUGGAUUUUGCAGCAUCCUUCAGGGCAUAAUUUGAAUAAUUGUGCAAUACUAACCAUUUUGAACCAUUAAACAAAUUAUUAAAUAAUUAGAAAUAAUUUUGGUCUAACAGAGUGAAAAAACAAAUCUAAACUUAAAAACAAUUAAUGGAAGAAUAAUAAGCAUAAUAAGUAUUGGUAUAAUCGAUUAUCUAAUUUGCUCCUUAAAUAUAAUAAUUCUAAUAGCAAUAAUAAUAUCAAUAGUAAUAAUAAUAGUAAUAAUCCUAAAUUGUUUAAUCGUAGAUUUAAUAAUAACCUCCAUAAGAUUAAUCAUGGUUGACUAAAUCGUAAAUGAUUUCUAUUGAAGCUGGAAAUCAAUAAUUGAUUGAGACUAUGCUUAAAUUAAGAGCUCACACUCAUGAAUUAAUGCAAUAACAUGACAAGGAGUCAAAAAAAGAUCCUAAAAGACAUUGCAAAUUAGAAGGUGGAGGAUCCUUUGGCUAUUGCUGGACAGGUGGGUAUGGCUGGAAGGGAACUAUUUAUGAAGGCUUAGAACUAUCUAAUUAAUGUCCUUAGUGCCAAGUUCUAAAUAAGGACAUGCAUAACACAGCUAAAAAAUUGUAUGAUCUAGAAUAUAGAGAUAAAGGGACAUGGUGGGUUAGAGCUUGGUUUUUAUAUAAGAGAUGAUUAUUUUUAAUUUAUAGCAUAAUAAAGGAAAAUUCAGUUACUUA